AUGCGAAACACAAACACGAGUUCCGAUCUGCAGAGUCGACACUCGAAGUCCAACUUUGUGGCAGAGGAGAAGGUUCAGUUCAUGAUCAUGAGAGCUGAGAAGUCCAAACGGUUCGGCUCGAAGAAGCCCGGGUACGUGAUCAACCCAGACAGCUUUGCAGCUAUCACUUGGCAGAUAAUCACGAGUUGCUGCAUGGGCUUUGUGGCACUGGUCACGCCCGUCCAGGUUGGGCUUCUUGACAUGCGCUUCGAUGCGAUCUUCUUUCUCAGCUUAUGUGUGGAUAUCGUCUUCCUCAUCGACAUGAUCCUGCAGUUCUUCACCAUGUACCCGAAGUCCACAGCCCGGGGCGUCGAGUGGGAGCAUCGCUGUGACCACAUUUGCGCCCACUACGUCAGGACGUGGUUCGCUCUCGACUUCGUCACCAUCAUUCCUUUCGACAUCUUCAGCUUGGCUUUCGGCACGGACAACCUGAAGGAGCUGAAGAGCAUCAAAGUGGUGCGAGCUCUCCGCUUGCUGAAACUGAUGAGGAUGCUUAAGUCAUCCAGGCUGCUUCACAAACUGGAGAUUGCACUCUCCAUCCCCUACCAGCACUUCGCGCUGAUCAGAUUUCUGUUUGGCUUGGUUUUGGUUUGCCACUGGUUAUCAUGCUUUUGGGCCAUGUGCUUGCACCUUGUCAACGAUGACAUCCCAAAGUGGAUCGAUGACAUCGCGGCAUCGGACGCCCGCUUCGGCAUUGAAACCAGCCCGAUACGAGUGUACAUUGCGUCUUUCUAUUUCUGCAGCUACACGAUGACCUCGGUGGGCUAUGGUGACCUGGGUCCUCAAAAUAUCCUCGAGCGCAUUGUUUGUACCAUCAUCGUCCUCGUUGCAGGCCUGUGUUGGGCGCAGAUACUGGGAGAGGUGUGUGCCAUCUCCUCUGACAUGAAUGCCGAGACGUCUGCCUUCCGAAAGAAGAUGAACAGCUUGAACAUGAUGAUGCAGGAGCAGGGACUUCCACACGAUCUGCGACGGCGCCUCCGCAGCUUCUUCCUGCAGAACCGACACCAAGCGCAGUAUGUUGUGCGACAAAAGCUUCUGGACAACAUGAGCCCACAGCUCCAAUCAGAGGUGUGCACGGAGAUGAACCUGCCCUGGAUCCAGAAAGUGACAUUCUUCUCGCAGUUUAUGGCACAAAUCGAGAUCGCUGAGAGCCGCGGCAUCGACACGGACCCUUAUCGCGUCUGCAUCGCCGACACCUCCAGGCAGCUGCGUUGUGGAGCCUUUGCCCAGCGAGAGAGCUUUGACAACAUCCAGGUCUUGUAUAUUCUCUCGAAGGGCCUCGUAGUCCUGAACAGCAAGGUUGGCACAAAUGGCACGGUUUGGGGCGAGGACUUCGUCCUCUCUGACACAAGCCUCAUCAGACCUGUCGGUGGCUUUGCAUUGACGUACAUCGAGGUUCUCUUUCUCACCAGGGAGAGCUUCAUGCAGGUUAUCGAGCGCCGACGACUGACGUGCCCUCAGCUUGGGCGGUCGCUCGGACAGUAA